UCCCCAGCCGUGAGGCGCAAGAAGAGGCGCUGGAUGCUAAGGUGGAAAGCGGAGCUUGUGUGUGCCAGGAGGCAGGCGUGGUGAGGUGCGCUUUGGAGCCUGCUGUUGUUGGCGCUGGGCUUGGGAGGCCCCUGAACAUGGCGCUGUGUGCUGCGUGUGCCAGCCGCAAGAGAUUCCCGUGUGGAAGAAGGGAGAGGAUGAAGGAGGCCGAGGGCCCUUUUCUCGGGGCCGGCUCCUGUGUGGCCUCUUGCUUGCCGGAGAGAAGGGCUGCCCGCUGGGCACAGGGGGUGCCUUCUAGCUGCCGUCCCGUGCCCUGUCCUGCAGCCCCCUCCUCAUGCUAUGUGGAACGCCAUGGCCAGCAGUGCGGCUGCCAUUUUAGAACCUUCGCCGCAUCACAGCCGUCACCUUGGUCACCGCUGCCCCGGCCAACGCACUCGCCUCUGAGAGCUCUGGCAGCCAUGUCAGGAGCAAAGAGAGCGAGGGGCGAAGCUUGCCCAAUUUCCAAUAGGAAGGGAGAGCUGGGGGCCCCAGAAGCGAAGAGGAGGAGGGGGGCCGCCUUUAAGAUCAAGCGGAGGAGGAAGGAAAAGAGAGUGCGUUUCCAUCGCGCCUGGACCAGCGCUGUGACCACCUCCGUGGAGCCCAUGGAGGUGGAUCCACCUCUGGAUGAGCCCAUGGAGGUGGAUCCACCUCCGGAUGAGCCCAUGGAGGUGGAUCCGCCUGCGGCACAGCUGGCCUGGCACCACACCACCGUGCCAGGCCCCGCAUCGGCGCCGUCCCACCGCCGCUGGUCCAGGCGCUCGGCUCCCUACCCGCUGCGCGGCCCCCGCCCCCAGCAUUAGCUGGGUGGCAUUAGUUUCCAUCAGCUCCUCCUCUGGAGCCAAUUCUGCGGGCCCCCAGCUCCAUCUUCACCCUGUUAUGUCCCCGUCCCUGUUUUUCUUGUUGAUUUUAGUGUUAAGAUUAGUGUUAGUGUUAGGAGUAGGUUAUUGUUCAUGUUUUAGAGUUAGGCAUAGGUUACUCGUAGUCUUUUAGUGUUAGGCAUAGGUUCCUGUUCUUCUGUUGGAGUUAGGCAUAGGUUAGUUGUAGUCUUUUAGUGUUAGGCAUAGGUUCCUGUUCAUACUUGACAGUUAGGGGUGGAUUGCUGGUGUCAGGUGGAAGUGAGCAGCGCUCACUCGGUAAGCACACGGCUGAUUGAUCGUGCGAAGACAUGAGUGCGAGUGCCGUGAGCACGGAGGCCCGAUGGCAUCUUGGAUGGAUUGAAUUUGCAGCUUGUGACUUUUGUGUUGCAGACCGUCGAGGAGCAGAGUGUGAGUGGCUGCGACAUUGCGUUGGGCCUCAGGAGAACAGUGUGUGACUGUGUCUCGAGCAUCCUGCGUGGCCGUUGCCAGGUAGGUGUGCCUUCCUUUGCAGUAAGCAGUGCUUAGGCGUGAGCCCAGCUCAUCCCCCUGUCCUCAGCAGGUGGGCUUUCUGCGUGCUUUAUUGCUGUGCUUGGUGCCGUCCGGCACAGCAGCAGCAAGGCCGUGAACACGUACGUAGCCAGGUAGAUGCAAAUGUGCAAGUGAUGGUAUGAAUACUCUUGUUGUUAGUGUUCAUGAGACAGUGGUCGUGCGUGUGUGAUCAAGCUCAGGGAGAAGUUGAUUCUUGCGUGUUCAGCUGUUGCUGAAAUGCAAGUUUGGCGUCCCUGCUUGUGGUUGGGUCGGAAGACCAAGGAUAUGUUCAGAGCACGUCUGUGAGUCAGGCUGGGAGGUUUUGCUAGCAGGAAGUCACAGCGUCGGAGCG